UCUGUUGUGUUGGAGUAAACGCUAACUCCUCCUCCUUUUACUGACAGGCGACAACGCUGAAACCUCGCCUCGCCUUUUUUCCUUCCAAGACGAUCCACGCUCGGGAUUUCAGGAUUUCCUGUCGCGCCGGCGAAAGGUGGCGGCAGCGUCGCUUCAUUUCAGCCUGACUGCUGCUCGCUGGGAUCCAGGGAUCGGCUCUCUUCACUGUGCCGUGGGAGCAUCCCCCCCCCCCCCCCAUCCUCCAUCUUCUGUCCAGCUUCCCCUGAAGGCCAUGAUCAGGAUGUGACCACCGGGCUUGGCUGGCGCCAUGUGACCCGCUACUAUGGAUGUGAGGAUCUGCAAAGAUUGAAACAACACUCAUCCAGUCACAAUGGUCCCGCUGCUGUUUUUGGUGGCAACCACGACGACGCCCAACUCCAGCGGCAACGCGAGCCACGCGCAGGAGGGCGUGUCCCCCAGCCCCCACGUCCUCCCCACCGUCUUGGUCCUGUCGCUGCUGCUGCUCAUCAUCGGGCUGCUGGCCUGGUACUUCCUCAGGUUAAAAGGCCAGAAAAAGCCCGUGGUCACGACAGUUGACAAGAAGGUUCCGAAUGGCAUCUUGGAGGAACAAGAGUUCGGAUACAGUACAGAGUCGUUAUACACCACGGUACCACCAGAGCAACAGACCGUGGUUCUCCUGCCCAGGUCGCCUUCGGCCUCCAAGACCUACCUUCCCAUCCCAGUGGAGCAACUGGAGGACGAGUACCGCAUCCGCUCAGCUGACGAUGGGAAGCUCUUCAGGGAGGAGUACAACUCGCUGCCGGGGGGCAAUGCCCAGGGGACGUACGAGGAGGCCAACAAGGACGCCAACAAAGAGAAGAACCGGUACCCCAACAUCUUACCCUAUGAUCAUUCCAGAGUGGUGUUGACUCAGCUGAAUGGAAAUCCCUGUUCAGACUAUGUGAAUGCGUCGUACGUGGAUGGCUACACUGAAAAGAACAAAUUUAUAGCAGCACAAGGCCCAAAAGAAGACACACUAGCAGAUUUCUGGAGGAUGAUAUGGGAGCAGAAAGUGGCAACGGUUGUAAUGCUGACGAAUCUGAAGGAGAGGAAAGAAGACAAAUGCUGCCAGUACUGGCCCGACCAGGGCUGUUGGACCUACGGCAGCGUGAGGGUGGCUGUGGAGGACUUCACCGUGCUGGUGGACUACACCAUACGCAAGUUCUGCAUACAAUACCAGUCCAGCGACGCCGCCAAGACCCCGCGGCCGCUGACCCAGCUCCACUUCACCAGCUGGCCAGACUUCGGCGUCCCCUUCUCCCCCAUCGGCAUGCUCAAGUUCCUCAAGAAGGUCAAGGCGGUGAACCCGCCCUUCUCUGGGCCCAUAGUGGUUCACUGCAGCGCCGGCGUUGGGCGGACCGGCACCUUCAUCGUCAUCGACGCCAUGAUCGACAUGAUGCACGAAGAGCAGAAGGUCGACGUGUUCGGGUUCGUGUCCCGGAUACGAGAGCAGCGCUCGCAGCUGAUCCAGACAGACAUGCAGUACUCGUUCGUGUACCAGGCACUGCUGGAAUACUACCUCUACGGAGACACGGAGCUGGACGUGUCGUCUCUGGAAGGACAUCUGCACAAGCUGCACAACACCUUCAACAGCGGCGACCGCGUCGGCCUGGAGGAAGAGUUCAAGAAACUAACAAACAUGCGCAUUAUGAAGGAGAAUAUGAGAACCGGGAACCUUCCUGCCAACAUGAAGAAGAACCGAGUGCUUCAGAUUAUCCCGUACGACUUCAACAGAGUUAUCCUCUCCAUGAGAAGAGGCCAAGAGUUCACGGAUUACGUCAACGCGUCUUUCAUCGACGGCUACAGACAGAAGGACUACUACAUCGCCACGCAGGGGCCUCUGCCGCACACCGUGGACGACUUCUGGAGGAUGGUGUGGGAGUGGAAGUGCCACUCGAUCGUCAUGCUCACAGAGGUCCAGGAGAGGGAGCAGGACAAAUGCUACCAGUACUGGCCCACAGAGGAGUCCAUCAGCCACGGCGACUACACGGUGGAGCUGAAGGGCGACACGCUGUGCGACACCUUCAGUCUACGGGACCUGGUACUCACCUACACGCCGGACAAGCAGACGAGGGUGAUCCGGCACUUCCACUUCCACGGCUGGCCGGAGAUCGGCAUCCCGGCCGAGGGGAAGGGCAUGAUCGACAUCAUCGCCUCGGUGCAGCGGCAGCAGCAGCAGUCCGGGAACCACCCCAUCGUCGUGCACUGCAGUGCUGGUGCAGGGCGAACAGGUACAUUCAUUGCACUGAGCAAUAUCUUGGAGCGGGUCAAGGCGGAAGGUCUCCUGGACGUGUUCCAGACUGUGAAGAGUUUACGCAUGCAGCGGCCUCAUAUGGUCCAAACUGUGGAACAAUACGACUUCUGCUACAGGGUGGUACAAGACUUUGUUGACAUUUACUCAGACUAUGCCAAUUUUAAAUGAGAUUUGCCUUAAGCGGUUUUUAAAUGUUUUCUAAAGCUGGUUGGUUUCCUGUCACUCGGUCAGAUCUUCUAUUUUGCUAUGCACUUGUCGUACCAUUAACCCGAGCCCCAUCCUCGCUGUAAUAUACUGUACGUCAGACUGAAAAUUGUAAAUGGAAAAAAAAGCGGUUAAUGUAUAUUUCACAUCAUGUAUCAAGUUCGUCAUGAAGUGUGGUCUCAUCAGUUCAGUUGUAUAAUAUUGUACUUUAAAUGUUUAAGUGUUAUUUUGGAUUUACCAUGUAAUAUUUUUCAAGAGUUGUAGUUAUUGUAAAUGUAUUUAUGUAUUGACGACUACAUUCCAUCGCUGAGUUUAAAGAACAUGUCGGGAAUGUUUUGCUUUUAAAUUUAAACCCACAUCCUCUCAUACCGAUAGCCCGAUUAGCGGCAAUGCUAACCGCCGCCGCCCUCGGGCCACAUCCUCUUCAUAAAUGUGAUCCUCUCUAGCAGAAAUACUGACCGAAUGAAUCGCGUCAGGCUCGUGAGCGACCACUAACUGGUUUAGUAUCAAAGGCGUCGUAUGCAAUUGAUGUAACAUUACUACAGUCUGCCUUCAUCUGUGGACAGCAAAGCCUCUUUUGCUAAAAUUUCUGCACAUUAAAAAAGCACAUAAUUAAGCUUUUGCAAACAACCUGAGACGUUUGAGUAUGUUUCUUGCUUUACGUGUAUAUUAGACUUUUCACAAAUGAGUGCCAUAUGUACUUACAGAGGGAAGGUAGACACUUAACUGGAGGCCGAGCGCUGACGGGUGAACCUAGAAGGUAAAUGCAGUAGAGUCAGUAUUAGAACGUUACAAGUCCUGUAAUGAUGUUAAAAGCCACAGCACAAACGUGGUGCUUCAGUGCCUGCUUAAUGCCAGAGCAACAAAAAAUAGGCCUUGCAAACCACCAAGGUUUGUGGGUUUUUAGCUUUUUUUUUUGUUUGUUUGUUUUUUAAACUAGGUUAAAACGAGGAACCUGAAUGUUUCAAGCGUCUAGUGGUAGUUUGACUGUAGGCGAGUUUGAGAUCCAGCCGGUACUGCAACGCAUACUCUAACAUCCUGAAUAAGCUCAGCUCUGCUUUAAUCCUCUGACGCUGGAUGUAAAUACUACAGGACAAAGUGCUAACAUUGUGCAAGUCCCGGCCGUGGAGUGACUGGUCAUGUUCCGCAUGUGACGAGACUCCACGAAGCGCCUGCGAUUCUUCUAAGGAUGAGGAGUCUGGACUGCAGCUCUCUGCCUUCGCUCCCUCUGUGGGUGUUUCCCUGCUCAAACUCAGUGUCUUUCAGAUGCAAGUUGCAAUAUUAAAUUGAUUUCAAAAGGC